AUGGAAAUAUUCUUCUAUCUAUCUAUAAUUGUGGUUGGACUGAUUAUCUAUUAUUUCAACGAAGAACCAGUUAAAGGAAUAAAAGUAGCUGAUAUCAUUUAUUACCCAAUACGACACUGUGCCGGCAUACAUCUGUUUGAAGCUGAGUUUGUGGAAAAUGGUCUGAAAAGAGACGGGGAAUGAGCUAUAAUUUCUCCAAAAAAAACAAUAAUUGACCAACUAGAUGAUCCUCGGCUUAUAAAACUCCAGCCAAGGUUUGAAUUUGGCUUAGAUGGAGAACCCACAAAUAUUACAUUAACUUAUGCAGGAUUUCCUGAUUUAAAAGUAAAUUUUCAUUGCAAUCAUAGCAAAGAAUUUGAUUUUGAAGGGUUUAAUAUCAAAGGAAAAGGAAUAGAAGCAGGGGAGGAAGCUAAUAGGUGACUGGAAAUGGUUUUUGAAAGAGAUUACAGGUUGAUGAAAAUCUGUGAAAAAUGGAAAACUGGGGACGAUGAGAAAAACACUGAAGAAAAUUUUGAUAAACACGCUUUAUAUUUAGCAGAAGAUAAUGCAUUAAUUGUAGGUGAAGCAAGUUUUAAAGCAAUUUUAAAUGAAAUUCCGGGGUUUAGAGAAGACGAUGUGAGCCUUAUGGGAUUCAGACCAAACAUUAUUGUGAAAAAUGUAUUGGAGUUUGAAGAAGACUUGUGAAUCGAGUUUAAAAUAGGAGAGAUCAAGCUUAGGACAUUGAAAAUGUGUGAGGUCGGAAAAGCUUGUAUUAUUAACCCACGAACACUUGAUUUUAAUAAACACAAUGACCCUUUAAAUACAUUGAGAAGAAUUCAUAGCAUGAGGCUGCGAGCUUAUUUUGGUAUUUUAGCACAAGAGCUUAAUAACGGAAAAAUUCAUGUAAAAGAUACAGUAAAAGUUGUAUCACAAAAAAGUUAUGAUUAA